CCUCUCUUCUUUCUUCAGAGCUUUCAUAAAUUCUUCGCUCUCUAAAUUUCUCUCUCUUCCAUUUUCUCUCUCAAUAAUUAUCCUGCAAAAGUUCAAUUAGGUUUUAAAGAGAGAAAAUAAACUUCAGUCGGAAGUUCUAGAAGACAAAUAUGAUGAUGAAGAGAUUAAUUUUCUGGAAUUGAUGAUCGUGUUUUUGAGCGAGCUUCGUCUGGAUUCUAGAAGUUUCGGCUUUGAGCUUCAUCUUGCUACCUUUUCUUCUUUAGAGGAUGUUGUUGUUAAGAAUGAGAAUUUGAUGAGUAAUUGAUAUGUGGACUGGCUAGAUUAAGGUUGUGUUAAAUUGAAUGGUAUGAGUACUAUUUUAGAUGUUGAGAAGUUCGAAUAUUGUUGGUGGAUGCUGGAAACUGAAUGUGUGCUUGUUGUGUGGGAUGUAGGGUUGAAGGAUUUUGAAUCUGUGAUCAACUAAGUUUUAGCAAUGUCAAUGGCAAGCGUUGCUCUUAGUCCUGUUCAAAAGGAUUCCUUGACCAUUCCGAGCUUUCUGUCCGGACAGCAUGGAUACAGGACAGAUGAAUCGAUUUUAGUAUACUUAACUGUGGGAGGAUCGGUGAUUCCAAUCCGUGUGUUGGAGUCGGAUUCAGUUGCUUCUGUAAAGCUUAGAAUUCAGAAUCACAAAGGCUUCUUUGUGAAGAAUCAAAAGCUGGUUUUUGAUGGAAGAGAGCUGGCCCGAAAUGAUUCCAGUGUUAAGGACUAUGGGGUGGCUAAUGAGACUGUCCUGCACUUGGUCCUUAGUCUCACGAACCUUCAGGCUAUUACUGUUAGGACUGUGUGUGGGAAGGAGUUUGAGUUUCACGUUGAGAGGAAUAGAAAUGUAGGGUACUUGAAACAACAGAUUGCCGAAAAGGGAGUUGGUAUUAUUGAUCUGGAAGAUCAAAAGUUGAUUUUCGAUGGCGAGGAGCUUGAGGACCAGUGUCAAAUUCAAGAAUAUUGUAAGAACAAUGACGCAGUUAUUCAUUUGCUUGUUCAAAAAUCUGCCAAAGUGAGAGCUAAACCUGUUGAGAAGGACUUUGAAGUUAUGAUUAUGGCUUCUGAUCCGAACGAGAAAGGAGCUGAUGUAGUAGUCAGAGAUGAGUGCAAAUGGGGGGUUGAACCUGUUCACCCUCUGGUUACACUCAAGAAACAGUUUUGUAGGGAUAUAAUUUUGGAACAUCUGAUCAUUAACCCUAAGAUCAUGCUUCCUUUAGUGGUUAGGCAACUUAUCAAUUCUACAUUUAGUGGGUUGGAUAAAGGAAACCAACCUGUUAGGUCUUCCGAGGGCUGUGGAGGAGCAUAUUUCAUGCUUGAUCCAUCUGGUCAAGAAUACAUCUCCGUGUUUAAGCCAAUUGAUGAAGAGCCAAUGGCCGUGAACAACCCUAACGGGCUCCCUGAAUCAAAAGAUGGCGAGGGGCUGAAAAAGGGUACUCAAGUGGGUUCAGGGGCUAUUCGUGAAGUUGCAGCAUAUAUUUUGGAUCAUCCUAGGACUGGUCCUCAUUCUAUUUACCAUUCAGAGAUUGGAUUUUCUGGUGUUCCACCUACAACUUUGGUUAGGUGUUUACACGAGGGCUUUCAUCAUCCGAAUGGAUACGAGGGCGCAUCUAAAAAUAUGAAGAUUGGUUCUCUCCAGAUGUUUAUGAAGAAUUUUGGGAACUGUGAAGACAUGGGACCUGGUGCUUUUCCAGUUGAAGAGGUUCACAAGAUCUCUGUUUUGGAUAUCAGAUUGGCCAAUGCAGAUAGGCAUGCCGGGAACAUUCUGGUUUCCCGAGACCAUGAUGGUCAAAUCAAGCUCAUUCCGAUUGAUCACGGGUACUGUUUGCCAAGCAAGUUUGAGGAUUGUACAUUCGACUGGCUCUAUUGGCCUCAAGCACGUCAACCAUACUCCCCUGAAACCAUUAAGUACAUAGAAUCCCUCGAUGCCGAAGAAGAUAUCAGACUACUGAAACUUCACGGAUGGGACAUGCCACACGAAUGUGCCCGUUUAUUCCGAGUUUCCACCAUGCUCUUAAAGAAAGGCGUCUCCAGGGGGUUAACUCCGUUUACCAUCGGAAACAUCAUGUGUCGGGAAACCUUGAAGAAGGAAUCUAUGAUCGAGCUGAUAGUCCAAGAAGCAGAGGGAGCUUUGUUCCCUGAAUCGAGUGAAACUGCAUUUCUGGAAACAAUCUCCUCAAUCAUGGAUCGCUUCCUUGAUGGACUCUCUUCUUCAUUCCCAUGACAUGAGUAGAUAUGUGAGUAUAGUAAUUAGGUAACCUUGAAUAUGUAAUAGUGUGACAAAUGGAAAUGUACCACUUGGCUCUUUAUCCUAUAUUUUGAUGGCUGUGGAGUCUAUGUAAUGUAAACUGUUUGUGUAGGAUUUGCUGGAACUUGAAAAACUCCUGUUGAGCUGGUUGUUCCGCUUGUUUGUACUGUUAGAAUCUCAAUCUCUUGUUGAAUUCCAACCCAGCUAUGGAUUUGGAUUCUUCGAGUUUGAGAACGGUGUGAAAAUGUUGUGAAACGCAAGUAUCAGUAAAUUCAAUAAUGUUGUGGAGUAAAAAAAAA